AUGGAGGGGGACACUUCCCUGGAGAACUUUCUGGACCAGUGUGCCACUCAGGAUGAGCUGGGCUCGGACGGCCAGCUACUGUUUAGCCCCCUGGCUCCCUUCGGCGACGACCUGGCCGGUCCGUCCCUGCGGGAGGUGGCGUUUAGUCCACCCCUGGUCCCGUCGCGAGAGCCCCCGGCCGAUUUCUCAUCCGUGGACCUCAGUUUCCUUCCCGACGAGCUGGCCCAAGAGCCCGGAGACCAGGCCGGAGAGGGUCCGGGACCCCCGGGCGGGUCCGAAUUCGCACCCGAGGCCGCGGGGCCUUUGCCCUUGACGGUGAUGACGCCUCUGACCCCGAUGACCCCUGGGCCUGAAGCGUCCGGGAUCGUUCCCCAGCUGCAGAAUAUCGUGUCCACCGUGAAUCUGGCUUGUAAACUGGACCUGAAGAGGAUAGCCUUGCACGCCAGGAAUGCGGAAUAUAAUCCCAAGAGGUUCGCCGCUGUGAUCAUGAGGAUCCGGGAGCCGCGGACGACGGCGCUGAUUUUUAGUUCGGGGAAGAUGGUCUGCACAGGGGCCAAAAGCGAGGAGCAGUCCCGCCUGGCGGCCAGGAAGUACGCCCGCGUCGUGCAGAAGUUGGGGUUCCCCGCCAGGUUCCUGGACUUCAAAAUCCAAAACAUGGUGGGCAGCUGCGACGUGAAGUUCCCCAUCCGCCUGGAGGGCCUGGUGCUCACCCACCAACAAUUCUGCAGUUACGAGCCCGAGCUCUUCCCCGGCCUCAUCUAUCGGAUGGUGAAGCCAAGGAUCGUGCUCCUCAUCUUCGUGUCCGGGAAAGUCGUGCUCACGGGAGCCAAAGACCGUUCGGAAAUCUACGACGCAUUUGAAAACAUCUACCCUAUCCUAAAGGGCUUUAAAAAAGGCUAAAGAUCCAAACGAACUGAUUGAGAAGGACUGCGUUGGCACGCUUCGACCGCCACCGAGGAGGUGAAAAGGCCACUUACUCCGCUUUGAUCCGCACUGCUGGAGCCAUCCGGGACUUUUAAAAAUGGGUCGCGCCCAUUCACCCCGGGCCCUGGACAGAGUCCUCCGUCCGUAAUGAGCUCUCAUUUACUUGACUCACCCCUGUAAUUAAAACAGUCAUGGCCAAGGUAUUUUUCGGGACGGCCU